GGGGACUGGCGCCGGAGCCUGUCGGCGGCUGCCGUUAGUCUUUACCAGUCACUGGUCAGACACAGGUUUCUCAGCAAACCACUAGAUGAGUGGGCCCUCUCGUCACUCCAUCAGCCUGUGCUUCUGAGAUGGACUGAGCACGUGGAUGGAAGGAGAGAGACCCUCACUGUGGUGGAGAAGGAAUUAAGAAAUCAGAACACCACUUGUAACCCUGAAGUAAAACCAGUGUUGCCAUAGGUGCCCAGUGCUUGGACCAGGUUCGGCGCCAGCGCCGUACCGCCCUCACGAGUGGUCUUCAUGGCUGAUGAGUCCGCACGUGGUUCUCUGCCAGGGUGUCUCCUUCCUGAUGGUCUGCAUUCGUUCUGCCAGUGGGCCCGCUGCCUUCACUGCGAGCUCCUUUUCCCAUAAUAUGCUCUUUUUUGUAUGCCAUCAGAUAUAUUGAUAAAUUGAUAGCAGGUAAAUACAUUAAAAGUUUAUAAAUUGAUGUUUAUGAGUCACCAAGGAUUUUAUAUAUUGCACAAUCAUAAAUAAACCCUUCAGAUGAUAUUUGUUCUUGUAGCUGGCACCACAAGAUCCACGGAAAAUAGUCACGUGAGAUAGUGUGUGGGGAAGAAGAACCGAAAAGCACCGUGCAGAAUGGUUGACUGCCUGAAUGAUAACUUGUGUUGGGGCAGCCCCACCAUGACUUAGUAUGGCCAGGGCCAGGUGCACUUACCUUGUGAUGGUGGAGUCCAGAGACCAACAUUCCUGAACAUUCACAGGUGACAGUCUCUGAGGCCACACACACCCUGCCGUGCACCACAGGUUCAGGCCAUGGGAGUAAAUGAUUGAAUUGUAAUGGGCUUUUUCCUGCUUCCUUAGAAUGGCUGCUUGGUUUCUGCAGAGGUUAACACUGCAAGCUAUGAAAACUGAAAAUAACUGCAUUGCAAGGUGUUUGGGGAAGCACCUUGUGCAAAAGACGGCACCUGCCCAGUUGUCCGUUACCGUUUCAGUCCUGAGACUGCCCUCCCUCAUUCAUGCAAAAGCGUUCAGUGUGGCUGAAGAGGCCCAGAAGAAGAAGAAGAAGAAGAAAGAGACUGAAGCAGCUUUUAUUAGCGUCGGGAGAAAAAUUCGUGAUGGAAUUGUUCAGGUAUUUGAUGAGAAGGGCAAUGACUUGGGACACAUGCAGCAGGCAGAUGUGAUUGAGCUCAUGAACACGCGAGAGCUGAGGCUUGUUAAAAGGAUCACCCGCGCAGAGCCUCCCGUGUACCAGCUCAUGACGGGACUCCAAAUUCACGAAGAGCGCAUGAAACUCCGCGAGAGGGAAAAGGCCGAGCCUAAGACAGGACCGACUCUGACAAAGAAACUAACUUUUUCUUCAAAUAUUGAACAACAUGACUUGGACACAAAGAGUAAACAGAUUCAACAGUGGAUUAAGAAAAAACACCAAGUUCAAAUUACUAUAAAGAAAGGGAAAAAUGUAGAAGAGCCAGAAGCUAAAACGGAGGCAGUAUUUAACCAGAUACUCCAGACUAUGCCUGCAAUAGCUACCUUCUCAUCCAAGCCCCACGCCAUUAGAGGAGGAAGAGCUGUCGUGUGUGUUCUUCGCCAUUUGAGCACAGAGGAAGAGAACGCGUACAGAGAAUCCCAAAAGACCCAGAAAGGGGACAUUUUGGACAAAGAAAACAGAAAUGAUAGACAACCAGAUGUUCUGCACCAGUGAUUUUAAUAAAGAUAAAUGUGCUUCUGAGACAAAAAACAAAACUAAGCUCACUGGUCUGUCCCUUAUGUAGGGCAACCUGAUGGUUAGCUGAGGGUGAGGACCGCAACUGUUGAGAGCACUUUUCUUUCAAUACAGUUCAACGACUCUCCAUUUUUACGCAAAGAUACACCUUGUUCUUGUUUCUUUUUAGGAGGGAUAUAUCCACUGAGGUGAGAAGCCAAACUCCGUUUUUCACGAGAUGGUUUUACCUUUGGGAAAUAAGGAAAAUAGUAGACAAUUAGAAUUCAAAAUCUGAGUUAUGUGAAGUAACUUUAUAGCAGUGGUAUGCCCUGACAGAUAGAACUACUUUAUAGAAAAGUGAAGUCCAUCUGAUCAAUUUGUAGAUUCACAUCACGAGAAGGGGUUGAGAACAUGCUAAACAGACCGCGUUUGGCUUAAGCAGUUUACGUUUCAGUGAAAAUUACCAGCUUUGCCUGAACAGUUUCAACUUACUUUGAUCUUCAUUUUCUUCCUGUCAGGAUCAUGUACAAUGGCAUGCCUAGUGAGACUUUGCUACAAUAAAGGAGAAAGAAAAAAGUUCUAUUUUUAAAACCUCUACAUUUGGUGCCUAUUAUUAUGAAGACUCCACGAGUUACUUAAACGGUCAAUCUUCUGUCUAUUAUAUGCUGUUGAGGAGGAAUCCCACCUCAUCCCAAAUCCUGGACUGAAAUCACUGUCCCUCAAGAUUCCCAAGGACCCAGGUUAGGAAUGCUUACAACCCAACCACCUAUGGCUUCUUACAUCUUUCAUAAGUAAUGAGGGGAAACAUCAGCUCUGAACAAACCACUCCAAGCUUGAGAAGAUUGUUUUAACUGAAUCUGUCUAAAAAGUGUUCCUAAACACCAGUGAAAACCUGACCAUCAUCUUGCUGUCUUGAUAACAUGCUGGCCCACUGUCAGCUCCAACUUGCCUUCCAGUAGUUUGGACCCGUGCUGAGCCAGCCUUUCUCCCUUCAGUCUUUAUAACUCACGGCAGGCAUUUGCAAGCCCACCAGCCAAUGAGUGAGUCUGUGAAACGGCACAGGCCCCUCCAUUAGUUCUUACCUGACUAUGAACCAAGCUAAGACCUGGACUAGAUUCCCAGCGUUCUACAGUCCCUCGCCUUGUUGCCCACUUCCGUGCUCAAUCCCUACGGGACAGCAUUCUAAAAAGAAACCCAAAGUAGCAGCACACUUAUGAAUAAUAUUGAUACCAUAACCAAACCAGUUGCCACUGGGUUGAUUCCGACUUACAGCAACCCUAUAGACAGGGUAGAAAGGCCACAUAGGGUUUCUGAGGAAUGGCGGUGGAUUCGAACUACUGACCUUGUAGCAGCCGAGCUCUUUGCCACUAUGCCACCAGCACUUGUCAAAUUCAACAAGCAUAAGAAUCACCUUGAGGGCUUGUUAACCAUUACUGGGCCCUAUCCCAGGGUUUCUGAUUCGCUACAUCACCGGCCCAGGGCCACAUUCUGAGAACCACUGCCAUAGGCCAGUCUGGGGGUUUUCUAGCCUUUAGUUAAGACCCGCUCGAUUCUAUCCCCACUGGCAGUCACUGGGACGCCAUCUUGGAAUCCAGGGUCCCAGGUGGAAACCACAGACGGCCAGGACAGCACAGGUGAAGAUAAUCACUUACUUUCAUUGCAAAUGCUUUGCCACAGCCAGCAUGUUCACACAGAAAUGGGCGCUUUUCCUCGUGAAAAGAGAGAAUGUGGCUCUGGAGGUUAAACACGGUGGUGUACGUUCUUCCACAGCCUUCCCUUGGACACCGACACACGUGCCUUUCUGGGGCGUGUGUUUUCCUAUGUUGCUUAAGAUAAUCUUUGCGUUUGAAUGUUUUCUGGCAUACUUCACACCUGAUUUCCUCUGGUGGUAAACAAACAAAUUCAACCAGUUUCCCCAGAUAUUACCAUGUAGAAAAAAUUAAUACGUAACAGUCACUUCAGCAUUGACUGACUCAAUUCCCCGAAGUUCUUAUGUUUCAUGAAGUCACUGCUCAGUUGCCAGCGAGCAGGGGCUUCCAGCUGCCGAAUGGGCAAGUGGAGAGAAGGAAAUAAACCAGGUACUUCCUGGUCUUCCAGCUGCCCCACAGAAACACUAGCACCUCCCAAGCUUCGUUAUUGAAGACUUGCCAGGGCCUUUAGAAAUGCAGCCUGAUACAGCUCUUCCCUAACGUGGGGCCACAGAGCCCUCCUGCUCAUCUGUCAAAGACAGCAGAUACCUCAGACUGGCACACCCGCCUUGGGGCCUGGGGUUUCAGCACCCAAAACCAAACCCACUGCCAUCGAGUCAACUCUAACUCAGUGACCCUACAGGACAGAGUAGAACUGCCCCAUAUGGUUUCCAAGGAGCACCUGGUGGAUUCAAACUGCCACCCUCUUUGUUAGCAGCCGUAGCUCUUAACCACUGUGCCACCAGGGUUUCCCUUCAACACCUAGUACCUUAUAGAACAUCACAAAAACAAAACAUAUUAGAAACCCUUUUAUUACAAAGUACAUAUUAUUUUGGUGAAAAUAUACACAGCAAAAGAACAAUUUCUGUAUGUACAAUUCAGUGACAUUGGUUACAUUCGUAAGGUUGUUAAGGCACAUAUUUCACAUUUUCCUUUUUACUACAUCAGUUCUGCAGGGGCAAAUGCUUCUGUCGUACCAGUCAUUAUCUGCCUUACCUGUAUGGGUUUCUCUCACGUGUUUCAGAAGCUCCGUCCAUGUUUUUGCCACAAAGGAACAUCCCUUCUGACACAUGUAGCCUAUUUUUUAAAAAAACACAAGAUACUUAAAAAAAAAAUAAAUUGGUGUGUUGCCUGUUAUGAAUACUCAGUGUAAACACUGACGUAUGAUUAGAAAGGAAACUUACAUGGCUAUAUAGAAUGUUUCUCCUAUCUCCCAAAAGUAUUCUAUUUUGUCAAUGUCAAGAAAACUUGUAACCUGUUGCCGCUGAGCCAAUUCUGACUCAUAGCGACCCUGUAGGACAGAGUGGAACUGGCCCAUAGGGUUUCCAAGGCUGUAAUCUUUAAGGAAGCAGACUGCUGCAUCUUUCUCCUGCAGAGCAAUUUAGUGGGUUCGAACCAUCGGCCUUUCAGUUAGCAGUGGAGCACUUAACCACUGUGCCACUAGGGCUCCCUUCUCAGUCUCUAAAGGUGGAAAUAAAAACAAAGGUUUGCAUUAUAGCAGAAUAAGCAAUGGCAUGGCAAGGUGCCAGCAGGAUUCCACCUCAGCCAGCCACCAGGAGAACAUGUCCCCCGCUCAGUUCUCAGUAAGUUGGGUACACUAUGAACGGACUCCCCAGCUGCCCCAUGUCUCACGGUUCCUGUUCUCUGCCUGCUUUCUACGUGCCUCUAUAUGUCUUUUGUCCUUGGCCAACAAGACACAGUGCAUGCCAGCUUGUUUCCUCUAGCCUUUUUCUCUUGUAAGUUACAUACUACAAAACGGAAUAGGGCAUAGCUAAGGAGGAAAAACUAGAGGAAUCCAGAAAAAACACUGAACCAAAAUGGCUUUGAAAAGGCACCCUACGCUAGUUAAGCAAAGCACUAGAAUUGGAUUAAUCAGUCACUGCACUAGCCAGGGGAAACCCUGGUGGCAUAGUGGUUAAGUGCGAUGGCUGCUAACCAAGAGGUCAGCAGUUCGAAUCUGCCAGGCGCUCCUUGGAAACUCUACGGGGCAGUUCUACUCUGUUCUGUAGGGUCACUAUGAGUCAGAAUCAACUCGAUGGCAGUGGGUUUGGGUUUGGUUUUGGUUUUGGUACCAGCCAGGCAGGAGCCCUGAUGGAGCAGGAGACUCAGCUGCUAACCGAAGGUUGGCGGUUUGAACCCACCAGCCACUUCAUGGGAGAAAGAUGUAGCAGUCUGCUUCCAUAAAGAUGACAGCCUAGGAAACCCUAUGGGGCAGUUGUACUCUGUCCUACAGAGUUGGUAUGAGUCGAAAUCGGCUCGAUAGCAACAGGUUUGGUGUUCUGGGUUUAUAACAGCCAGGCUGUGUUUCACCCAACUAAAUGCUAGGUAGAAACUAAAAAGAAUGUUACCUCACUCUCAGCUACCAGUCUCUUGUAAAAAUAUCCCAUAAAUUCUAGGUCUCAGGAAACUGGAAUACAACCAAGCCGCAGGUAUUUUCGUCAGCAACAUGUAAAAAAUAUUUGGCAUAAUGUCAUGUAUAAAGAUACCUUAGGGGUGGGGGAUGCGGUUGGCAAAUGUAGAAGGCAUGCGUUAUUUGUGUAAAAAUACAGUAUAACCUCUGAAUAAGCAGAA